AUGAUCUUUGUUCUUGUGUCCAAGUUGAAAAAAGAGGAAGGUCGUCUCGGCAGAGUUCAGCAAGCAGGUCCCGCAGGUGGAGUCGGAGUCGCAGCUGUGGGCCUGGUUGAAGAAGCAGAAUCGGAUCUAGAUGUUUUCAGGAGGCGCUCGGCCCCCCUCUUUCAGACCUGCUUCUGGCGCGGUGGGCAGACGAGGGACGCGAUGCACCUGCUCAGCACGGCCCGCGUGCUGCGGGCGCGGAGCUCUUUGGACGAGGCUCUCCGGUUUGGAUGGUUGCUGUUGUGGUUACCGACGCUUAUAGAGGAGAAGGAGCAGCCAGUUUUGUAG